CUUUUAGCAGCUUGUUAGGCUGCACGUUCGGUCGGUUAAGUUAAACAAUAUAAUAAUAAAAGUGAAAGUUAAAGUAAAAAACAAUAAGCAAAAGUGUGGUGAAUUUUGAAAAUUAAAAUAAAAAUUUUAAAACAAGUUCUAGAAAUAUUUACAGAAUUUUGAAAUAGCAAAAAAAGCCAUAGCAAAAUGUAUUUGCCUUAUACUCAAUUACCGGAUCCUACGGAUAAAUUUGAGAUUUAUGAAGAAAUCGCUCAAGGUGUUAAUGCCAAAGUAUUUCGGGCUAAAGAGCUUGAAAAUGAUCGUAUAGUGGCAUUGAAAAUCCAACAUUAUGAUGAAGAACAUCAGGUUUCCAUAGAGGAAGAAUAUCACACUCUAAGGGAUUAUUGUAAUAGCCCCAAUUUACUGGAGUUUUAUGGGGUUUAUAAAUUGGAAAAGAGUAAUGGACCGGAUGAGAUUUGGUUUGUACUAGAGUAUUGUGGCGGUGGUACGGCCAUAGAUUUGUCCAAUAAAUUAAUUAAAUUGGAUCGUCGUUUGCGUGAGGAGCAUAUCUCUUAUAUCAUACGCGAAACUUGUCGUGGGGCCAUUGAACUUAAUCGUAAUCAUGUCUUGCAUCGUGAUAUACGAGGCGAUAACAUUUUAUUGACCCGGGAUGGCCGCGUUAAGCUGGGUGAUUUCGGUCUGUCACGUCAAGUGGAAUCAACAUUUGGUAAACGUGGCACUUGCAUCGGUUCUCCUUGCUGGAUGGCACCUGAAACUGUAUUAGCCAUGGAGAGCAGAGAUCCUGAAAUAACAACACGUGUCGAUGUUUGGGCCUUGGGCAUUACCACCAUUGAAUUGGCCGAUGGCAAGCCUCCAUUUGCCGAUAUGCAUCCAUCGCGUGCUUUGUUUCAAAUUGUACGUAAUCCCCCUCCGACAUUAUUUAAGCCCUCGAAUUGGUCUCAACAAAUGAACGAUUUCAUAUCAGAAUGUUUGGAAAAGAAUCAAGAGAAUCGACCCAUGAUGGUGGAAAUGGUAGAACAUCCAUUUCUGACAGAACUUUUCGAAAAUGAUGAAGAGAUCAGAACAGAAAUAAGCGAACUUAUAGUUCUCUCACGAGAUGCUGGCAGCUUGUAUAAAGAACCCGAAAUUUUUGUAGAUUGCGGUUACAUUAAACGUUUCGAGGGCAAACCGGAACGCAUGUACCAAGAAGAUUUGGCUGCCAUCGAGAAUCCCGUAGAGGAAAAUAUUUUAGAAAAUCUUCGUAUACGUUUAGAAAUGGGUCAAUCGUAUUCGUUUAUCGGCGAUAUACUCUUAGCCAUUAAUACGAAUGACAUGACAAAUGAAUUUCCCAUAGAAUUUCAUCAGAAAUAUAAUUGUAAAUCACGUUCGGAAAAUUUGCCACAUAUUUUUGCAGUAGCCGAUGUAGCCUAUCAGGAUAUGUUGCAUCAUAAGGAACCACAACAUGUGGUAUUUUCGGGAGAAAGUUAUUCGGGUAAAUCGACAAAUGUUAAACUAAUGAUUAAACAUUUGUGUUAUUUGGGGGCUGGUAAUCGGGGAGCCACGGAUCGUGUGGAGAAUUCUAUUAAGGCCAUAAUGAUGAUGGUCAAUGCGGGUACUCCGAUUAAUAAUGAUUCAACACGUUGUGUUUUGCAAUAUUUUAUAACAUUUGGCAAAACGGGCAAGAUGUCGGGUGCCGUUUUUAAUAUGUAUAUGUUGGAAAAGUUAAGAGUUUCUACCAUGGAUGGAAACCAACAUAAUUUCCAUAUAUUCUAUUAUUUCUAUGACUACAUGAAUGCCGAGGGCUUGUUAAAAGAGUACAGUUUAAAACCCGAACGUGGUUAUCGCUAUUUGCGUAUACCACCCGAUGUGCCACCCACUAAACUCAAAUAUCAUCGUGAUGAUCCCCAGGGUAAUGUGGAACAUUAUCGUGAAUUUGAGUCGAUUUUAAAAGAUUUGGAUUUUAAUCACAAACAAUUGGAAACGAUACGUAAAAUAUUAGCUGCCAUUUUGAAUAUCGGCAAUAUACGAUUCCGUACAUCCGGUAAAUAUGCAGAGGUUGAUAAUACCGAGAUAGUGACACGUAUUGCUGAGCUAUUGAGAGUUGAUGAAAAGAAAUUCAUGUGGUCCUUGACUAAUUUUAUUAUGGUCAAAGGUGGUAUAGCGGAAAGACGUCAAUAUACCACAGAAGAGGCCAGAGAUGCUCGUGAUGCUGUAGCCUCCACCAUAUACUCCAGAUUGGUUGAUUGGGUUAUCAAUAAGAUCAAUAUGAAUAUGGCUUUUCCAAGAGCAGUUUUUGGCGAUCAAAAUACUAUUGUCAUACAUGACAUGUAUGGUUUUGAAUGUUUCAAUCGCAAUGGUCUCGAGCAAUUGAUGAUUAAUACUCUGAAUGAACAGUUGCAGUAUCAUUAUAAUCAACGUAUAUUUGUUAAUGAAAUGUUGGAAAUGGAAGCUGAUGAUAUACCCACGAUUAAUCUAAAUUUCUAUGACAAUAAAGUGGCUUUGGAUAAUUUGCUAACAAAACCCGAUGGUCUAUUCUAUAUCAUUGAUGAUGCCUCUCGCAUCAGUCAAGAUCAAGAUCUAAUAAUGGAUCGCGUUGUGGAGAAACACAGUCAAUUUAUUAAGAAACAUACAGCCACCGAAAUAUCAGUGGCUCACUAUACGGGACGUAUUAUUUAUGAUACUCGUGCUUUUACCGAUAUUAAUCGCGAUUUUGUGCCACCCGAAAUGAUUGAAGCAUUUCGCUCGUCUUGUGAUGAGAAUAUCAUGAUCAUGUUUACCAAUCAAUUAACAAAAGCCGGUAAUUUGACCAUGAAUUUCGAGGUCCAACAUAAGGCGGACGAUAACAAGAAACCAGCUUAUAUCCUUAAUCACUUAACAAAUGGUGUUAUAUCACAAGUUAAUAAUCUACGCACUUUGGCUGCCAAUUUCCGUUACACUUGCUUGACCAUGCUCAAAAUUUUAAGCCAAAAUACCAAUGUAGGCGUUCAUUUUGUUCGCUGUAUACGUGCGGAUUUGGAAUAUAAACCACGAAAUUUUCAUUCAGAUAUGGUACAACAGCAAAUGAAGGCAUUGGGUGUUUUGGACACGGUUAUUGGACGACAACAGGGCUACUCGUGUCGUUUAUCUUUUCAGGAAUUCCUUAAGAGAUAUCAAUUUUUGGCUUUUGAUUUUGAUGAAACUGUCGAUAUUACUUCGGAUAAUUGUCGUUUGCUAUUGAUUCGUUUGAAAAUGGAAGGCUGGGUGAUUGGAAAGACUAAAGUAUUUUUACGCUACUAUAAUGAUGAAUUUUUGGCAAGAUUAUACGAAAUUCAAGUCAAAAAAAUCAUAAAGGUUCAGUCAAUGAUCAGAGCUCUAUUGGCACGUAAACGUAUGAAGGGUGGAAGUAGCUCUGCAGCAAAAGCAAAAGCUAUGGGACAACACGAUGUAGCAGCUUCUAAAAUACAAAAAGCUUACCGUGGUUUUCGUGAACGCCAACGUUAUGCUCCUUUGGUGAAUGAAAAGACUGGUCAAAUCAAUCAAGAGACUGCCGAAUUCAUACGUCAUUAUGUGCGUAAAUGGCGUGAAAAAUCUUUAUUCCAAGUUCUUUUACAUUAUAGAGCUGUCAAAUUUCAAGAUUUUGUAAAUUUAUGUCAACAAGUUCACAUUUACAAUCAGCGUGUUGUAGCAGGUCUUAAUAAAUGUACUCGUACCGUACCUUAUGAUCGCAUUAAUACAAGAGAAGUUAAUUCCUCACAACUGGGACCAAUGCCGGUGGCUGUGCGUAAAUUACCCAUGCGUCUAGAUCAAAUACCAUUCUAUGAUACACAAUAUAUGGUAGAUCCAGCCAAUUCAAUGAAACGACAAACGUAUGCCUCAACCAUGACAACAAUGAUGACAAAUGAUGAAGAACCCUGGGAUAGUCCAUUGCAAAGAAAUCCCUCUAUGACUUCAUGUCUCUUGACAUAUAAUGCCUAUAAAAAGGAACAGGCCUGUCAAACCAACUGGGAUCGUAUGGGUGAGAGUGAUGUUAUCUAUAAUCAAAAUUUCUAUCGUGAUCCCAACAUAAUGAGAAGAAAUCAAAUGCAAAUGCAAAUGAAUGCGUACAAUAGCUACAGCAACUACAAUAAUGCAUUUCCUCCCUGGCAAGGUAAUCGCAAUAGUUCGCGACGCAAUAGUAUUAAAAAUUAUCCUGCACCACCGCCACCACCUAUGCCACCCAUGCAGCAAAACAUGUAUAAUAGACAAAUGAAUCAGAAUCAAUCGAAUAUGCGUAACUCAUAUCCACCAGCUCAAAAUCCGGUUAAUGAGCUACAAAAUCUAAUAGGUCGAAGAGAUUAUAAUGAUGAUAAUAACGAUGAACCUCCCUUCAAUUUUAAGGCCAUGUUACGCAAAACCAAUUACAACCGACCUGAAAACAACUCCACCACUUAUGAAUUUAAUCAAAAUAAUCAAUUUCAAGCGCCAAAACUACGACCCACCGGCAGACGCUUUGACGAAAACAAUGCGCCACAAUAUGGAACCACUAAUCGAAAUUUUUCAGCUUCCACCAACCAACAGUCUAGCAGUUACUCCAACGAUUACAGCAAUCAAGAAGCAGCUGCCUCUAAUGAUGAGGAAGAAUAUGAAAUAUAAAAUUGCUAGACGAACAAAUGGUUUAUAUAUAUAUAUACGUUUUUUUAAUAAUAAAACAUAAUGGUUUGGAUUACUUGUAAAAAAAAAUUGAAAUUGAGAAAAAUAAAACUGA